AUGGUUGCGCGCCGUUUCACUUCUUGCUCAGUGGAGAAGGUUGUGUUGUGUGGUUGUAGACAAGCGGCGUCGGUCUCGAUGGUGACGAUGCUUUUACUCCUCGGCGCCUUGUCGAAGCUACUCCGAUCGAUCUCUCCGCUGGGAGGAUCCGCUGCGUCUCUCAAAACACUGUCUCUCUCCAGCAACGGCGGAAAACUAGUCAACACAUCCCCACUCCUCCUCUCCAACGGCUCGAACUGCCGGAACGCAUUCAAACAGCGUUUACACGCCGGCGCUGGUGCUGCUCUUGCCGUACCUUCUAAGAUCUUUGCUGCUUUCCCGGUCAAGACUGGGAGGAAGUGGGUUUCUGGGAAGCUGCAGACUGGGCAGGUGAGCAAGGUGAGCUGCAUGGCGGGUGGGAGUGCUGGUGGGGUGGUGCAUAGGGAGAGGUGGAUGGAGGGUGCAGCUUUCGAUGUUGGUGAGGAGAGUGGUGCGCGUGGUGAAAGGGGCAUAGAUGGUGUGGGCACGGUGUGCGUGUGUGGGUUGGUGCUGUUCGUGAGGCAAACAAGGUUUUGGUGA